AUGUCUUCUAACGAAAUCAACUUAUCAGAUCGUGUGUCUGGUUCACUAUUUGGUCUAUUAAUCUGCGAUUCACUCGGAACUGCUGUUGAAUGUCAGACAUCAGACUCAUUUGAUCCAGUGAAAACAUUACGAGGUGGUGGAAAGUUUCAAUUAAAGCCUGGCCAAUUUACCGAUGAUGGAUCUAUGGCAUUGUGCUUAGCGUUUGCUCUAUUGGACGACAAUGACGAUUCAACAACUCAUCAGUCAGUCAAACAAAUGAAUCUUUAUCGACGUUGGUAUGAAAAUGGUUAUUUAUCAUCGAAUGGCGAAUGUUUUGAUAUCGGAAUAACUGUUCGAAUUGCUUUGAAUAAGUUUAUUUCUGAUUCGGAUAAACAGUCAAUCAGUUCAACUGCCUAUUACGGAAAUACAAGUCAAAAAGCAUCGGGUAAUGGUUCGUUGAUGCGUUUAGCACCGAUUCCAUUACUCUAUCGCGAAAAUCCUUUGCAAGCAAUGAUCGAAGCGAUGAAUUCAUCAAAAACAACGCAUGCUUCGUCUUUCUGCUUGGAUUGUUGUCGAAUCUACACUAGUUUAAUCAUUGGUGCUUUACAAGGAUUUUCAAAAAAUGAUUUAUUGAAUGACGAGAAACUAUUUCUUCCAAAUGGCUUACCGGAUGAUUAUUGGAUCACCAAUACAGUCGAAACAGAUGUUUUAAAAGUUAUGAAGGGAUCAUAUAAACAUCUGAAUCCACCAGAAAUCAAAGCUUCUGGAUUUGUUGUCGAAACAAUGGAAGCGGCACUGUGGGCUUUUUAUCACUCAAGCUCGUUUGAAGAAGGGGCAUUGAAAGCAGUGAACUUAGGAGACGAUGCCGACACAGUGGGAGCAAUUUAUGGAAUGUUAGCAGGUGCUUUUUAUGGUAUUGAUCAGAUUCCGAAGGAGUGGAGAGAGAAAUGUUAUUUAACAGAUCUUGUGCAAACAGUAGCAGAUGAAUUGCUGGCACAAUCGCAAAGUAGAACAAAAGUAUCGAUGAUUUAUCAGAAGGUGGUGGAAAUUUACGACCAAUUAGCGAAAUUCUACUCAGGAACAAUCAAGCGUCGUACUUUGCCUUGUCCGAAACAGUACAAAUCAGUCGAAGAAUUAAAUGAAGACGUUGAACAACUUCAUUUAAUUUACGCAAAUAGUCUCAAAUCUGUCAUUGGUGAAGACAAACAAAUAAUUGUGAGUCGUUGUGAUGGGAUUUUGAAGCAAUUUUUAAGUCUUAUUGACGAUGAUAAACAGUCGUUGUCUCUGAAGUGGUCAAGAAAUGUAAAAGGAUUCUCAAUGAAAUAA